AUGACCCUUGAAAUUGUGUGCAGUACCCCCAUGAAAGCCCUGGAGCUUAUUGCAUCUGUGCCAUUGUCUAGUUUUGGUUUGGUGAUUCUCCUCUCAGACUCUGGCCUCCCUCCAUUUGGGUAUUCUGAGGACCCUGCUAAACCAUUAAUUAAUUUUGUUCCAUGGACCAAAGUUGAACUUGGGUCUAUAGUAAACUAUUUUCCCAAGAAUGGAAAACUUCCUGCCUACUGUGAAACCACCUACAGCAAAGGCUAUAUAAGUACUUCAAAGAGGAAAAAGCCAAAAGGCUUGGAAUUUAGACUCAGUCGUGGUUGCCUUGAGCUUUGGAUCCUGGAGACCACAGACUUUGAAAUCAACCAAAGCUGGGCACACACUCUGGAUACCAAGGGCUGUACAACAACUAUGUCUUCCACAACACCUUGCCAAAGCUGUUCUGGGAUUACAGAUUUAACAACCAUCCUUCCUAACACCAGCUGCCAGCAUGGUGGUCUUAAAGCCAAUAGCUGUCAACCAACCGGCCAUGUUCUGAGAACUAUCCAGUCCCAGGACUACGAACCCACUCCUUGCUUUUCUCUCACACCCCUCUGCUUAAUCAACAACUUCAACACCUGUCCCUUUCUGGAUGAUUGUGGCUGGUGUGAUGGUGGCAUCAACAGGAAUGAGAAAGAGACCAUGAAAAUCUUGAACAAUCGCCUUACUAACUACCUGGAAAAGGUACGAAUGCUGGAAGGAGAGAACGCCACACUGGAGUGCAAAAUCCAGGAAGAAUGUAACAAAGAACUCCCGGUCAUAUGUCCUGACUACCUGUCCUACUAUGCAACCAUUGAGGAGCUCCAGCAAAAGAUCUUGUGUACCAAGGCUGAGAAUUCCAGACUGGUUUCACAAAUUGACAACACCAAACUGACUGCUGAUGACUUGAGAGCCAAAUAUGAAGCUGAGGUGUCCCUACGCCAGCUAGUGGAGGAAGAUGCCAAUGGCCUACAGCAGAUCCUGAAUGCACUGACGCUGGGCAAGGCUGACCUGGAGGCACAAGUCCAGUCUCUGAAAGAGGAGCUCCUUUGCCUCAAAAACGACCAUGAACAGGAAAUCAGUUCCUUACAGAGCCAGCUUGGGGACAGACUCAACAUUGAAGUGACCAGUGCCCCUUCUGUUGACCUAAACCGGGUUCUAUGAGAAAUGAGAUGUCAGUAUGAGUUGAUCAUGGAGACAAACCACAAAGAUGUAGAAGAGUGGUUCAACACACAGAUGGAGGAGCUGAACCAGCAGGUGGUGACCAGCACUCAACAACAGCAGUGCUACCAGAAGGAGAUCAUUGAACUGAGACGCACCAUGAAUGCUCUGGAGAUUGAACUGCACACCCAGCACCGCAUGAGAGACUCCCAGGAAUGUGCCCUGACAGAAACGGAAGCCCGCUACGCAGUCUUGCUGGCCCAGAUCCAGUGUCUGAUCAAUAACCUAGAGGCUCAACUGGCAGAGAUCCGGGGGGCCCAGGAAAGACAGAACCAAGAAUAUGAGAUUCUGCUAGAUGUCAAGUCACAGCUGGAGUGUGAGAUUGCCACAUACCACAGCCUUCUGGAGAGCUCAGAUGGCAAGCUUCCCUGUCACUUGUGUGCCAUCAAGCAUGAGCCUUCUGCUUGCAUAUCCAGCAAGGCCAGGACCAUGGAAUGCACAGCCCCAGUUCACACAUCAUCCUUAGGCACCUGUGGGAUACAUGAGUCCUGCAGCAUCCUGCCCAGAAUUCUGGUUAAAAUCUGCACCAUCACUGAGGAGAUCAAGGAUGGGAAAGUCAUUUCUUCUCACAAGCACGUGCAGCCUUGCUUCAUCACCAGAACUGCCAAAGCCUGA